AUGGCAAACAUGGUAGCAAUUAGCCAAGAUGAUCAACUUUUGUCCAAAAUUGCGACGAACAACGGGCACGGCGAGAAUUCGGCUUAUUUCGAUGGUUGGAAGGCUUAUGACAGUGAUCCUUAUCAUCCCACAAAAAAUCCAAAUGGAGUUAUUCAGAUGGGAUUAGCAGAAAACCAGGCUGUUGCAAGGUUCAUGGAGAAAGUGAGAGGAAACAGAGUCCGGUUCGACCCGAACCGUAUAGUGAUGAGUGGCGGAGCAACCGGAGCUCAAGAAACAUUGACAUUUUGCUUAGCUGACCCUGGAGAUGCAUUCUUGGUGCCCACACCUUAUUAUCCUGGAAACGAUCGCGACCUAACAUGGCGCACGGGAGUAAAACUCAUCCCGGUUAUCUGCGAAAGCUCCAACAAUUUCAAAAUCACCCGCGAAGCCCUCGAGUCCGCAUACCAAAACGCGAGAAAGUCAAACAUCAAAGUCAAAGGCCUCCUCCUAAACAACCCGUCGAACCCCUUAGGCACGGUCCUCGACCGAGAAACCCUACGAGACUCCCUAAAUUUCACCAACCAAAAGAAAAUCCACUUAAUAUGCGACGAGAUCUACUCCGCAACCGUUUUCGACCGUCCCGAUUUCAUCGGAAUCUCCGAAAUAAUCCAAGAGAGCCCUAAUAAUUAUUACAACCUCGACUUAGUCCACAUUGUCUAUAGCUUGUCGAAAGAUCUCGGGUUCCCCGGUUUCCGUGUCGGCGUAAUCUACUCGUACAACGACGCGGUAGUGAACUGCGCUCGGAAAAUGUCGAGCUUCGGCCUCGUCUCCACGCAAACGCAACACCUAAUAGCUUCGAUGCUGUCGGACGAGGCUUUCGUUGACCGGUUUUUGACCGAGAGCUCGACGAGGCUCGGGGAAAGGCACGCGGCUAUCUCCCGAGGAUUGGGUCGAGUGGGUAUCGGGAGCUUGAAGAGCAAUGCCGGGCUAUACUUGUGGAUGGAUUUGAGGAGGCUUCUAAAGGAGGCAACUUUCGAGUCGGAGCUCGAGCUUUGGAGGGUGAUUGUGAACGAGGUUCGGUUAAACGUGUCGCCUGGCGGGUCGUUCCAUUGCUCUGAGCCCGGGUGGUUUAGGGUUUGCUUCGCCAACAUGGACGACGAGACGUUGGAUGUGGCGCUGACGAGGAUCGUUAAGUUCGUGGUGGGGAAGAGGAGUGGGCCAGAGUCGGGAAGUCGGAAGCAGAGCUGUCGGAGGAGGAAGCUCGAGAUUAGUCUAUCGUUUAGGCGGCUCGACGAUGUGUCGACUCACUCGCCCAUGUCAUCGCCACUCGUGCCAGCUAGGACGUGAGAUCCGAUGUGGACAUCAUCGUCACAUAUGUCUUAUAUUUUAUGAUGUUUCAUGCAUAUGGUGUUUUUCACAAUCAUAUUUUUGUGUACAUUACUGGAAAUUAUUGAUAGAGCAAUAGUAUUGAGAAAAGAGGUGAGAAUUCAAAACUAUUAACUUG